AUGUCAUCGAUGAAUGAAUUGGUACCUGCGUCGACACGUGUAUCUUAUAUUCAGCCUCAGUAUCUAUCUGAUGAUCGUCAAAUGCAACAAUACCAACCAGUAAAACAACAACCAUCGAAAAGUGAUUCGUUUCAAUCAAGUUCGUUGGUUAGUGUGACGAACGAUACGGAAAAAAAAUGUAGUAUUAUGAUGCUCGCAUCAGGCAUUCUUAUUGGUCUAGUUGUUUGUGGUGUACCUUUGGCAAUAAUGGCUACUUUGUAUGCACAAACAGGAAACAAUUCUACUGGCUCGGCAAAUACAGGUUCGAGUGGCGGAAAUAUGUCUGGUUCAUUUCUUUAA